AGAUCGGAGAUAUAAAAGACCUGGCCGGGCGCCGGCUGUGGCUCCAGUCAGAACGGGACCUCACGCCGUGGGGAGAGGGGCGGAGAAGGGGCGCAGCGGGGCGCGCAGAGCAGCGGCGGAGAAGGGCGCAGCGGGGCAGGCAGAGGCAGCGCCGGGGGCUCGCCGUGGGCAACCCCAAUGCGUGGACUAUCGGCUGCUGCAUUAUGCUGGAGCUACAGUUCCGCUGAAGGGAGUUUGCACACGGCCGGCUGGGCUGGACUGCAGCGCUGCCGUUCCUUAUGAAGAAGGCACAAACUUGGAUUGUCACUUGCUUUUGUCUUCAACUACUCCUGCUUAAUCCUAUUGUAAAAGCCCAGAGUUCCUGCGGGAAUCCAGUGACAGAUGAUGUGAAUGACAUAGCAAAAUUGGUUGGAAAUCUCCCAAAUGAUUAUAUGAUAACCCUUAAAUAUGUCCCGAAGAUGGAUAGUCUGCCUAAUCACUGUUGGUUGCAUUUGAUGGUGCCUGAAUUUUCACGGAGCCUACAUAAUCUUCUCCAGAAGUUUUCAGAUAUUUCAGAUAUGUCUGAUGUUUUAAGCAACUAUUUAAUCAUCAAUAACCUCACAAGGAUAAUUAAUGAUCUUAUGGCAUGUCUAGCUUUUGAUAAAAAUAAGGAUUUUGUAAAAGAAAAUGGUCACCUUUAUGAAGAAGGUGCAUUCAUUCCUGAGGAUUUUUUUAGACACUUUAAUAGUACCAUUGAGGUCUACAAGGAGUUUGCAGACACCUUGGAUAAGAAUGACUGCAUUCUGCCUUCAACAGUAGAGACACCAGAGAACGAUUCCAGAGUCGCUGUCACAAAAACAUUUUUGUUUCCUCCUGUUGCUGCCAGCUCCCUUAGGAAUGACAGCAUUGGCAGUAACACUAGCACUAACAAAGAGGCGCUUGGCUUCAUUAGCAGCUCCAGCCUGCAAGGGAUCAGCAUAGCACUGACAUCAUUGCUGUCUCUUCUUGCUGGCUUUAUUUUGGGAGCCAUAUACUGGAAGAAAACACAUCCCAAAUCCAGACCAGAAAGUGAUGAAACUACACAGUGUCAUGACUGUCAAGAGGAAAAUGAGAUAAGUGUGUUGCAGCAAAAAGAAAAGGAACAUCUACAAGUGUAGCUGUUGCUUUUUCUCCCUCAACACUGUUACUGUUUUGUGUACUGGCAGGUAACAGUUCCAUGUUCGCUUCAUAAAUGAAGCAGCUUUAAGCACAUUCAUAUUCCUUCUGGAGUGACAGACUGAGUCUGCAUCUGUUGUUGCUGCCCAUGACUCCAUAGACAUGAUAUAGAAAUGAGAACAAUUUGUGUUUGUUACUGUGAAACCAACACUGAAUUGAACAACGAGAAGAAGAGUGUGCACUUAGCAGGACUGUAUCUUAUGUGAAUAUCUACCUUGUGUGGCAUUUGAGGAUUUUUAAUUCCAUUAACAUUAGCAACAAACUGGCAAAAAAAGUACAAAAAGUAUCUUUCAAAUGCCUCCAACUGCGUGUAAUCAUUGAAAGUCAUAAAUACCUUUGCAUCCUUAAUUUAAGAUCUGUGUCCUCUAACUUACCUUGGUGUCUUCAGAUGGAGUUCUCUGAACUGACAGAAAAAGUAGAAACAGAUACAGAUAACAUACUCUCCAAUACUGUAUAUAAAACUUGAAAGGGAACUCAUGCCAUGGACCUGUUUUCUAGCCUUUUACUUAUAAGGAGCUGUGUUUAUGCCAGGCAGAGGUCAUGUGUACAGCAACAUGUGGUCUCUGUCAGGUGCCAGGUGGCUGGUUGCCCACAGCAGAAAAGCCUCAGCACUGGUGGUCUCUGUUCAGGAGAAGCAAAUACUGGAUGAAGACAAAGUAAACAGGAGGUUACUGUACCUCGUGAAGCUUUGAAGCAUUAAAAGUAACUGCUGGGUAUGUGAACCCUGGUGGAAUUUCCAGCCAUGCCAAGGGAAGGAAAGAGUCUGAAUUGCGUUCAAACAUCCAAAUAAAGACAAACCCAUGAAAUUAUUUUAAAUGCUGAAGAUGCAUGCCAUUGAUAACUUGUCUUUAAAUAUAUAGCAUAGAAAAUCUGAAAGAUCCUGAGUGUAUUUAGCUUUUACUUACAUCAGCUGUAAUUAAAGUUUUCAUUGUGUUUUAAGUGAUUAGUAAACUUCAAUAUCCCAGAGUUCUCCACUCUUCAAGAUAUUUCUCUUGAAACAAAAGAGAAACAGUUGAUUUUCCACUUGUCUUCUGCAUCUAUUGCUGUUAUAGCAUCCAUGGAAUCUCUACAAGACUGAUGUGUAGAUAUGCAUUUUCAAGUAAAUCCUAAAAAUACCAUGGUAAAAGUCACAAGUGUAGAUGUGCAUAAUUUCAUCCUGGCUCUUUCCAGAUGGGGAUGAAUUAUUUAAUUGCAUUAAUGGACUGCACUCCAGAAGGUAAAGAUGGCUCACUUCAGAUGACAGCAUCAUCUGCCACCAAAAUGACCACAUCAGCAACAGAUUAAUUUUAAGUAACUUGAAAACUGAAAAAAAAACCCCAAACCCCUAACCCCCACAAAAAAAUGAAACGUAAAAACCCAAAAAUAAACAAAUAAACAAAACACCAUCAAACAAACACAAACAAUACCCUUUUCAUUUUUUUUAUAAAGUUGAAGUUCUCUUUGAAGUAUAUAAUUGCUUAAUUGUUUAAUACCUCUUGUGGAAAUUUUAAUCAUUUGCUGAAUUUUCUAAGAGCCUUUAUAAAAAGAAUAUGACAAACAUAUAAUAUAUACAAGCGUGUGUGUGCAUGUGUGUGUAUGUAUUACUGGUGAAACUGACUCAUUUUUCAUACUUACCAAAAAAAGAAAAAACCUUAAAACCUUACUAUAUUUGAUGACAGAGAGUAUGUGUACAUGUAGCCACUGUGAAUGGAAUUUUGAACAUAGUGAGAUCAAUGUCUAAAUUUCUCAUUAAUUCAUUCAUACAGUGAUUUAGCAUCAUAGAGUAUUUUUUAAAUCAUAGAAUAAUCAUCAACACUAACUGUUAACUUGGCACUGUCAAGUCCACCACUAUACCAUGUCCCUAAGCACCACAUCUACACAUCUUUUAAAUACUUCUAGGGAUGGUGAUCCAACCACUUCCCUGAUCAGGUUAUUUCAAUGCUUGACAACAUUUUAGUGAAGAAAUUUUCCUAAUAUCUAACCUACCUCCCUUGGUGAAACUUAAGGCUGUUUCUUCUUAUCUUAAGGCUUGUAAUGGGAGAAGGGACCAACACGCACCUCACUAAAACAUUCUUCAAUAUUUGAUCAUGUGGAACAAUUUUUUAUUUAUACCAAUGCCUUUUUACAUUUCCUGCAUGUCAGAAAAGGAUCCUCAAGUUCUGCUGAACUAUUAUAAAUUAGCAUAGUUCCGUUAACAUAGAUAGGCCUGUGGAGUUUGCAUUAUCUGAGGAACUUCUCUCAGACUAGAUCAAAAGCUUAGUGUGAGAUGCAGGCUUUCAUUUUUAUUCAGAAGAUGCUGAAGCACUCACCACUUAGUAAGGAAUAAUUAAGGUUGCUCAUCACUUCUAAAAAGCAAGUACAUUCCAAAUUUUAGCUCUGCAAGAAUCAAACAACACAGUUCCCCAUCUGCAGCUCAGUCUCAUUUGACAGUGCAGUUCUUUACUCACAAAUCCUUCAGACUUUGUUUCUAACUUGUUUAAGAGUUAACCUGAAAGAAGCAGAGUUGUGACCUAAGUGAUGGGCAAUCUGAACCUUUGUGGUAAUGCAAAGAACAGCUGUGUAUUGGUUUUGACAGAAUGGAAAAGUAUCCACAGUAAAUGGAAGCAAUUAUCCUUCUACAUUUUACAAAAACCUUGAGUACUUCUUGUUGCUACACAACACUAUCGCAAAGCAAGUUCCUGCAUUUGAAGUUCUAUAGUAUAUUCCUUAGAUUCAAUUAAACAAAAAUUCUGCCUUUAGUGAUAUUCUAUGUUCAUAAGAAUGAUAGGUUUUCUAAAUAUGUUUGAAGGGGUUUUUUUCCAGAAAAUCAAAUACACAAUACUGUUGCACAUCAGUGUGCCCCAAAUUAUACAUUCAUAUUCAAAAUACAAAUUUUUUAGUCUCCAUGGUCUACUGCUCAAUAUUAUGAAAAUAAAAGAUAAAAAAAAUAAAAGAUAAAAAGAUAAAAUAAAAUAUAAAAAGAUUAAAUUAAAGAUUAAAAAAGAUAAGCUGCUGCAAAAUGUUCAUCUUCAAAGAGUAACAUUUUAAAAUAGUAGCUAAAUCACUUUCAAGUAAUGUCAGACACUUCGAUCUCUUCCGUGGAACAAAGUGAAUUUAAAUCUACAUGAGAACAGAAAGAAAAUUCAUGUAUAGAUGGUCCAACUUCAUAUCACAAGCAUUGUUCUUUAAAUAUGCACCAAACCAGUAUAACACAUGGAGCAGCAUAACUGUUGCUGGAGCUCCUGAGCUCCUAUUUUCCUGUUUUCUGAAACUCCUUUUGAGAGAUCUGAACAAAUCUUUGGGUGUUUAUAAUCAUUUUUGCAAAGCAGAAAGACACUUCUAAAUUUUCAGGGAUACAGUGGAUGGCAUGGCACUUUGAAAUGUGCUUGUGAAAUUAUUUAAAUGUUUCUGUCUGUGCCCAAUUUGUCUACCCACUGAGGAGGCCCUUACUUUGGGCGUAGUGAAAUUUUAAGGACUACUGACUUGUAAGACAUCUUUGACAUCAGAGGAACUGGAAUAAGUUCAGUGGGAGUGGGGAUGGCUGACGUAGUCCUUUAGUUGCUUCUUUAUCCAGUUAUAAGCUAUUUAGCUUCUGAAGAGUGAUCGGUUUUUCGGUCUUCUUUUUGGGUAGACAGAGCCCAUGCAUUAACACAGAAAAUAACACCCUUUCUCUUAAAAUGAAAAUCUGUGGGGAAACAGGUGUUGUAAUUUUAUACAAAAGUCAGCCUAAUUUGUUUUUCAGAUAUCUGUGGUUUUGUGAGAAACUAACAUUUUUAGGUUUCCUUUGGAAUAGUUGAACUUUGCAUGUGAUUACUAGUGGCCUUGUGAGAAUAAAAAAGCAGAUAGUGAUAUACUGAGUAACUCUAUGUGCUACUUUAGAUGUGUGUUUACUUGAAUAAAUUAAUGGUACUUAUUUCAUCACAAGGUCAUUUCAUAAGUAAGCUUUUAAAGAGUGCUGUACUAUGGAGUAUGUGUAAAACCUGCACAUUUUUUAGAUUCUGAUUUCACCAGCUGUUUUCUCUGUUGCUCUCUGUAUUAUGCUGAAACUGAACUGUGUGUUCAGUACACACAAUACAACUAUUAAAUUGAAAAGCUAACAGUAUAUAUAAAAUACAGAUAUUUUUAGUUAGAUUUACAUUGAAGAAAUAUCCAGCAUUCUACAAUUCAGGAAUCUGAUUCAGCUGUCUUAAAUGAAGAUCUGCAGUAAUGGUGGCAUGUAGCUGUUAUGUUUUCAAAUUGAUGGAACGCAGAAACUUCAGACUCUUGUUAUAGAGACACAGAUAUUUGCUGGUUGUAUUGUGGGCAAAUUCAUUUAUUUCAGUGUAAAUGUCAGCACAGUCUUGCAUAGUUACGUUCUGACUGAAGGUAAACAAUAAAGUUUAUAAAAUGUGUUGUGUAUGUAUAUAUGUGUCCUUUUGAAGAUAGAUGUUUUCCCAGAUCUUUUUUUAUACCAGUUGAAAUUUGGAAUUUACAUUAUAUACAUAUACUUUAUUGUUCUAAAUAAAGAUAUUAUGCACUGCC